AUGGGCCAGGGAGCUGCCAUACAGGCACUCACCAAGAAGAACAGAACAGGUCUGGAGAUAGCAAGCGGGGUCAGCCAAGAGUGCAGGUCCUCAGGCCAGGCCUUAGGGAUGGGCAGUUCUGCUGUCUUACCAGGAUGUCAUGUCCAAGGAGAGGUUGAUGAACGAGCAAGCCAAGAAAUAAGACAAAAACUACAAGAAGUCAAUCUGUUUUUGCAAGCACAGGCAGCCUCCCAGGACAGACUAGAACACAUCAGAGCAAGUCAUCAUGCUUCUCUGAGAAACCAGCUAAAAGACAGAAUUAGAGAUCUUGAAUGUGAAUUGGACAAGAUAAAAAAUACUCAACAAGACAAUACUUUUCCAAAAGAAUGUGCACAGGCAGAAGUGGAAAAGUACAAGGAACUGUAUCUGGAGGAAGUGAAAACUAGACGAUGCUUAGCAAAGAAGCUGGAAAGAGCUAACGAGAGACUUGAGGAAGCCAACGCUAAGCUCCUCCGGGAGCGCCAUAAAAGCAAAUCAUUAAUCACAAGCAGCAUUGUCAGUGGAGGUCUGGCUGCGACUCCAGUUCUGUAUUCAACUGCACUGGGAAAUCUUGGCAACCAUUUGGGACUGAACAGAAGUCUCAGUCUAGGAGAAAGCUUCCUCAGCCCAACUGAGAACACAUUAUCCUCAAGAAACAGAGUUGCAGCCUUUGUGGCCAAGGUACAACAGGAACAGGAGGAAAAAAUCAUGAAGGAACUGGAAAAAGCCACUGCUGAACUUGAAACUGGAUGUGCUGGAUCUUCAAAAAAACUUCAUUUGGACCAGGAUCCUCUUUGCAGAGCAAUAGAGGAGUACCGUGAUGUUUUAACCAAAAACUAUAUGAUUUGAAUGAAAUACUGUGGAAAGGCUCUGGACAUUUUUUUGCUUUUCUAGAGCAUCUAUGGUUUCCUUUCUCCCCACUUCAUAUUUGAAAACUUGUUUUAGUCUGACUAUAAAAUGUAAGUCUGUUAAAUGGAUGUCAAGCACAGUGCACUCACCUGUUGGGUUUUUUCAGCAUACCUAAGUUCUUUUGUACUCACAGUAAGAGCUACGUCUGUUUUUUCUGACCAGAAGAUUGACCAAUCUGGAUUCUUGAGCUUGACAAAACUGUCAGAAAUGUUUCCUCUUACAGUAGCUGCAUUAUGUUGAUCCGCUCAUGUUCUGUGUUUUUACAAAUGCAUUCCCUUUGUUCUGUUUAAUCCUUUCACUCAAUGUGUUUUAACUUCUCCAGUGUUAUUUCAAUGCUUAGGAACAUCAUUUGAUGUGCUUUGAGCCCAGUGCUUGAGUCCUGAUGCAGUGACUAAUUUCUGCUGAUUAACUUAUAGUGGUGUUCAAGCUGGAGAAAACGGCACUUUAUAUUGUUGUCACUUUAUGCAACAUAGGUUUAAAAUGACUGUGAGUGAGUAGUAGUGCCAAGACUUGUUUUAUGGUCUUUUUGGUAUUUUUUAUUUUGUAUCCUAGAAUGAGUAAAGUUGGAAGGGACCUCUGGGGGCUAUUUGUUCUAGCCCUCCUGCUCCAGGAGAACCACCUUUAGCUAGUUUCCCACAUCUAUGUUGGUUUUUGAAUUACUUCAAAAAUGGAAACUCCACAGUGUCCAUGGGCAACCUGGGCUCAUGAUGAGUCACUGUCACAAUACACUUGAAUAUCAUGAGAGAUAUUCAGACUCAUUACCACUCAUGCUAUUGGUGUUGAUUCCUGAAUGAAAAAUUGCUGCAGCUUCAGGCUUCUGCAGCUCUUGCUUAAAUACUUGAGGUACACCUAUAAACACUUCCAGUGGGAGGGGGAAAAAAGUAACAUUAAUAUUACCCACUUUCCUCAGUAGUCUCCAGAACUUGUGUGAUUGGAUACCCAAUCUUUUUGUUGCUGCUUCCAGCUGAGGAUGUGUCUGUAGCCCAGAUGUGGUGGAAAAUUGAUAGCAACCAUAUAAGCAGUUCUACUUAUUUCAGGGAAUUACCAGUUUUUAGUUGAGAUACGAUUUGUCAUUUCCCAUUUGUAAAAGUCACCAGCAGAGUACAGAACAAAGUCCCAGUUCUGGAAAAGUAAGAAUGAUUGUACUGAGAUGAAUCAAGACUGAAAGAAUUUUUGGGUUUUGCCCACUAUUUCAAGGACUUGAGUUGACAGAUAGUGAGAAAAGCAUUAAAUGCUGCUGUGACACUCUACCUUUUUAUAUGAAUAAAUUUUUGUGAAGCUGUUACACUGUAUUUAAUUGAACUUGAUAUUCAAUAAACUUCGCAAUCUAGAA